AUGAGUUACUUGUAUUCUAAGCUGGUUUACAAGCUGUGGUUUCGUCCUUUGGUUACCUCGACCAUAGUCCAACAAAGCAAGCUACGUUACACCAGAAAGUCCGCCCGGUUAGUGGUCACCGUAAGCGUGGUUUACUCGAUCUGUUGGAUACCCGUCCUGGUUGUGUACGUCUUCUCUUCAUUCAGCGCACAGCAACUGUUCUCCGCCGUACACACAACAAGCAUCGUCUUGGUCACUCUUAAUUCUGCUAUCAAUCCUGUGUUAUACAGCUUGCAGAGUGACCGUUUCAGGAGGCAUAUGCUACCGUUUGAUUGCUCCACCAGGCAGUGUCGAGUAUCCCCCGCG